AUGUCAGCAGCAACUGGGAAGAGUCUUUCUCCUGUGGUGAGCGCCAAUUUGAGCGUCCUACAGUCGAGAAUCAGAGGAAUGCUUUUGGGCGCUGUUGUUGGUGAUUGCUUCGGCACUAGGUUCUGUGAUAUCGGCGUCAACGCAUUGCCGAUGGCUGAAGUCGCCGAAUCACUUUCCUAUAGAGCCAUGGCUCCCUCAUUGGCAAAGCUCUCUGGAGGUCAGUGGUUGUUCAGACAAUCCUGUAACGGAUAUAUGAUGCUGAAUGCGACGAAGAACGUCCUCAACGGUGGAGACAGUGCGCACCUCCGACAAAGUUUUGUAGAUUUGAUUAACGAUCCCGACAUGAAUCACCUUAAAUGGGGUGCAGGGAUUGGUUCUGUUCUGCAUGGUGAAGUUCCUAAAUCGAACACACUGCGCGGCAACACUGUUAUGAUAAGGACCUUACCCGCGGCAUUGUUCCCGGAUGGUGAAUAUGAAACGGUUUUUGAGCAAAUGGCUGGAGCCGUCCCUACACAUGAUGUUGCUAAGGAUCGUGCUAAGUGUUUAGCAGAGAUCGCGCGGAAUGCCGUGAGGACGGGAGUUUGUGAUUUGAGCCUCAUCAAAGAUUCUCGGACGAUAUCUGCACUCCAACUCGCAACACCUGUCAACUACAGUGAGGUUUCAAUGGAUGUACAGCGGAGGCUCGCCGCCAGGAUUGGAAAUGAUUCCAUGGCUAGUACUGCGUUGCCGAUCGUUGCAUUUGCUAUUAAGCAAGGCUUGGUUGGAGAGGAAGUUCACGGCGCUGAUGAGGAUGCUGAUUUGGGCGGAGCGACUUUGACGCCAGCAAUGCUCUGCCCUGAUAUUCUCAACAGUAGCAACAAGAUAGACUUUGCUGAACAAUAUUAUGACGAGACUGAAAAUGCUAGUCCGACGUAUGGUCAAAACGAAAUGCAUUUGAUUCUGAGCUGGGCCAUCAGCUGUGGUGGUGAUACUCGAGCCAAUGCAUGCCUCGCUGGCGCGAUAGCAGGAGCAACAUACGGCGCUGAACAGAUCCCUCACGAAUGGAGGGUUACGUGUGAAGGCACCAAAGAGGCCCUCAGGGUUGCUGAUAGAGUCUUUGAGGAAGUCUAUCUUGACAAUCCUACCUUGGCAGAAUCGAUCGCGCGAUCGAUUUCGACACCUGUGAAAGCUACCGCCGAAUAA